AUGGCGGUCAAUUUGGAGCUGGUUUUCCAAGGUGAUUACAAGAAGCUCUUCAAAAUAGUUGAUAAAAGACUUUGGAAUUUUUGUGUGCGUAUAUUGAGAGAAUUUUUUAAUGACACCCUGGAGUUAAAUGAAAGUGUGAAAAUUGAUCCAGGAUCCAAAGAUUUGCUCACUAUUUUCGCAGAAAAGGUAACAGAAAUGGAACUUGCUUUUAUCGCUCCGGACGGAGAUGUACAAGAUGAAUUUUGGAAAAUUUUGGAAAAAAUUCAAGUCUAA